CUGUUGAUGUCGUGAACACUAAUUACGGAAUUCUUUGAAGUUUAUGAUUUAUAAAAUGUGUAAAUUCUGGCCUUGCAGUGCGUAGUAUUCAAUUGCGGUGAUGUAGACAGUUCUGUAAAUGCGACUUUGCUAAACAUUGCAAAGCCCUACACCCCAAGGGCAAGUUUUACAUGCUCGCAAUUAUUUGCUUGUUCCUACGAGGUGUUUGCGAACCCCGACCACGGAUUUACUGUUUCCUUUCAAGGUCUAUAAAUCAUGAUUCUCAACAUCAAGGGAUCUUCGAUUGCAGCAUGUGUUGAGAUUUUUCUUGAGUUUUGCGGAGCUGGGACAAGUUGACGAUGACAGUUUCUUGAAGUUCUGAGACCAUCACUUAUUGCCUGACAUCUGGAUGAGGCGUUUGAUGCCGAGAGGCUGAUCCAGCACCGCGGGAACUAGUUUCUCGACGUGUAAAACGAUGGCUGGAGGUCAAGUGAAAAAGAUAUGGGAGAAAUUGCUCAGUCCGUUCAAACAGGUGGACAAACGACAUCUUCAGCAUGAAAUUGAUACAUACCGUCUAUAUCUUUUAACCAGCUACAAUCGGUUAGGAGCUUCAGGAGGCGAGGAAGUGGCGAAGGAAUUACAGUCCCUCGCAGACAGCACUGCUUUCACUGCUCAGCAGGCUGAGGUUCAGAAUAAUGUACAUCAGCAGAUUUCUGCUGUAGCUGAAUUGCUGGAUCAAGUCUUACUGAUCAAAUCGGCAAAGGAUGAGGAGCCCUUGAAAAAGUCGCGGCCAAGCGGUUUGAGUUUUGCCGUUGGACAUGCUCCUCCUAAAGUAGUCAGAGAAAAGACAGUUGAAACAAAUCCUUUGAGCAGAGCAGAAGUUUCAAAGAAGUUCCACGAACGCUUUGGUUACAGUCUAGAAUCAAAGCAGUCUGAAAUCGACCAUGUAGAAGCUGGCGAAGGUCUCUUCAUCCGAGGAAGAGCAGAGCCCGGUACAGUUGUGUCAUUGUAUCCAGGGGUGAUCUAUGCACCCUCUCAAUACCGGUUCAUGCCCGGGUAUCCAAGAGUAGACACGGGUAAUCCAUAUUUGAUUGCCAGGUACGACGGCCUGAUACUGGAUGGCAAGUCUUGGGGUAGAGGUGGUGACCAACGGGAAUGGUGGGAAGGGGCCAACUCACACGAGUUAGAUCCACCAGAAUUAUCAGCGGACAAGAGCUUGGAUCACUCUAAGGCUGGAGAUGGAAGACAGCGGAUAUGGGAGUCGGUUACAGGAGCUCAAAGACAUGACGUUCCUAUCGAGGGUGCUAUACUUGAAAGACGAAACCCUUUGGCUUUUGGGCAUUUUGCUAAUCAUCCUCCAAAGGAUAAGAAGCCCAAUGUUAUGAUUUGCUCGUACUCUGCUCCAGUCAGCAAUCCACUGGUCAGGCCUUACAUACCCAAUGUUUUGGUUGGGUCGGAGGAGCAACAAAUGGAGCGCCGAGGGUUGCUCUGGAUAAAGGAGGGACGGUCAGAUGAUGACGACUUUGAUGGCAAGCUAGGAAGACCUGAGAUUCGUACUCUCGUUCUCGUGGCUACGAGGGCUCUCCAAGACGAAGAAUUGCUGUUGAACUAUAGGCUAAGCUCGUACAUGAGAAGACCUGGAUGGUAUCAUGCUGUCGAUGAAGAAGAAGACAGAAGGAGGUGGGAGUAGAUUGAUAGUGCUCAUAAGUUAACACUGGCAGAUGCUUAAGGUCUAGCUGAAGCCAUCGUCAGCAGCCUAGGGAUAGAGUCCGUAUUUCUCAUUAUUUCCGGCGCAUGUUUAUCGAUCACCUCAAGAUGUCCCCCUUUGCUGGCUUCUUCAAGUCGACAGGGGUUGUUCAAGCUUACCCCCUCUGUUUGUUGUCUUGUAUGCACACGGAUGAUCAUUCUAGAGACAGGCUUGCAAUGUUGAGU